AUGUCAUUUCAAUCACAACCUCGAUCGCUGCCAAAAGUCGAAUGUCAAGCAUCUGCUCGUAUUCCAUCAUAUCAUGGUCCAGGUACACAUCGCUUACAUAUUUACUCCAACACUCACGACUCAAAAGAGCAUAUGGCUCUUGUUUUUGGUUCAUCCAUUAUAUCAGCAUCAUUAAACAAAUGGCUGGAUUCAGAUACUCGUGAAUCGAGAAUGAUGAGAGGUGCCAAUCCGGAAUUGAAAAGGGUCGAGUCUGAACUCAAUGAUGAUGCAGUAUCACCACUGGUACGUAUUCAUUCAUGUUGCUUUACAGGUGAAACCAUUGGUUCAAUGCGAUGCGACUGUGCUGAACAGUUGCAAGAAGCAAUGCGAAUGAUGUCCAAUGCAGGAAGUGGAGUGAUUCUGUAUCUUAUUCAAGAAGGUCGUGGAAUCGGUUUAAAAAACAAACUCAUGGCGUAUAAUUUAAUCGAUAUGGGACAUGAUACGCUUUCAGCGAAUGUAGCACUGGGUCAUUUACCAGAUGAACGCAGUUAUGCAAUUGCAUCUGCCAUGCUAGCAGAUUUGGGCGUAUUCAGCAUCCGACUGCUCACCAACAAUCCACACAAGGUUCAUGAACUUGAAAUGGAUGGAAUUUCAAUUGUGGAACGAAUUCCAAUGAUUCCUACAUCUUGGCAGCAACGACAUGAAGCACACGCCAAUGGAUCUGACUUUGAUCAAGAUGAAUUGAAUCAUCAGCCCAAUAAUCGAGACGACUAUCUAGUCGCAAAAGUCAAGCGAAUGGGACAUAUUUUAGAUAUUCCAAUAUCACUAACACACACUGGAAAUGAUGAUCAGAAACAAUAG